AUGUUUUAUACACAGAAUAUUAUACAAGAAUAUGUAGCUUGUUCUAUGGGAAAAACUUUUAUAAUUUAUUCAAAAAAUUUAUUUAUCAAUGAAAAUAAGAUAAAAAUUGAUUCUACUUCUAAUGUAAAGGAAAAUGAAAAUAAUAAAAAUUACAAAGAAAAUGUUAUAUUACUUUUUUUACAUGGAUUAAAUGGGAGUAGUUAUCAGUUUGAAAAUUUAUUCUACCAUAUAAUUCAUUCUAAUUAUAAAUUUGUAUCAUUAGAUUUUUAUGGGCAUGGAAACAGUAGCCUGUUAAAGAACUUAAAUAAAUAUACAGAAAAAUUAUAUACAGAACAAAUUUAUGAUGUUUUGAAAAAAAAAGAUAUUUUUAAUUCAACAUUUAUUAUAAUUGGUUUUUCUAUGGGUUGCAUUAUUGCUUCUCAUUUAUCAAUUGAUAAUAAAAUAAAAAUAAAAAAGUUUUGUUUGAUUAGCGCCGCAGGACUAGCUAAGCCUAAACAUAGAUUUUUGCAAUUUUUAUUAAAGCAUAAUAUACGUUUUUGUCUAAGAGUAGCAAAAAAAUAUAGCCAUUUGAUUGUUUCAGAGGAUACAGUAAAAAAUGAAUAUUAUGAUUGCCAUAAUAAUUUAGAAGAUGUAAAUAAAAGAUAUUUAAUUCUUAAAGAAAAUCAUGAAAAGUUUAUAGAGACAUUUUUAAAAGUGCUAUCAGGAACAAAAAUACAAGAUUCUAAAAAGCUUUAUUCUGCUUUUUUAAAAAAAAAUCAUGAAGUUCUUUUCAUAUAUGGGAAGGAUGACAAAGUAACUCCAUCCAUUUACACAUUAAAAUUCUUAAAAGAGCAUAGCAAAUACAUUAACAAUGUAAAAGUAGUAAUUUUUCCUGAAUGCUCCCACCUUGUUUUAAGUGAAAAGUGUAGUGAAUUAAUUAUAUAUUUAAUGCAUUUUUUACAGUAA